ACUACCAUAUUUUUCGCUCCAGAAGACACACCUGACCAUAAGACGCACCUAGGUUUUAGAGGCAGAAAACAGGAAAAAAAAAAUUCUGAACUAAUGGACUGCAGACAUAGUACAGGAGAUGACCAGAGACUGCGGACACAGUACAGGAGAUGACCAGAGACUGCGGACACAGUACAGGAGAUGACCAGAGACUGCGGACACAGUAGAAGAGAUGACCAGAGACUGCGGACACAGUAGAGGAGAUGACCAGAGACUGCGGACACAGUACAG